AUGCAGAAGGAUGCGCAGCGUCAUUUGGCAAUCAACGUGCAGGAGAUGCUCUACGGAGAGGAGGACGCACUGUGGGAAUUCUUCUGCGCCCCCGACAGUUGGUUGACAUUUGCGGCGGAACGAGAUGGUCUGAAGUCCAUGCGGGUGAACUUGGCGAACAACAUGGACCUCUACAGGCCGGACACCUACCAGGUUUUGGAGAAGUUGGCCGCGACCAAGCGACCGAGGAGACUGUGGGUGUCUAUGCCAUGCACUAAGUGGAGCUCCUGGGCACGAUUGAACUAUCACGACAGACCGGAGCAAUUGACCAAGUUCAGACGCAGGGAGCGGAAGAUGAUGCGGCUCUUUGCGAAUUGGCUCAGCAAGACACUUGAGAGUGGUCAACGUCCGGAGUAUUACCAUGAGUGGCCUACUCACUGUGAUGGUUGGAACGUGCAGGAGAUGGGCCAGAUCCAGCGCAUUCUGGAGUAUUUCGGCUACCGCGUUUUCUGGUGUCGGAUUGACGGCUGUCGCUACAAUCUGAGGUCUCGAGACGGGAAGCAGCUGCUGCGGAAACAAUGGACCAUCAUGCCCACGGACGAGCGGUUCUACGCUAUGUUUCGGAGCAAGACAUGUGUUGGAGGUCAUGAUCAUGGAGAGAUUGCGGGUGUGGAGACGGCAUCAACAGCCUACUACCCGUGGAAUCUAUGCCGCAGCAUAGCAAGGCUUUGGCGACAGCAGGAAGUCCCAGACCGUGUGCUGAAAAAGCUCUGGAUCAAGGAGGCUAUCGACAUCACAGAUGAGAAGUACCUGGAGAUGGUUCUUCACGCGGCGGAAGCAGAGCCGGACGCAGAGGAAGGUGAAGCGGUCGAAGACGUGCGAGAAGAGGAGGCAGUCGGUGGUGCCGAGCCGACGGAAGCGGAGAAACAGGAGAUGCGGAAUCAGACCAACCCCAUGGAGUGGAAGAGCCUCACGGACCUGAUACCGUCCAAGGAGUAUGUCGAUGUCAUUCAUGAGGAGCCGGACGAGAACGAUGAGGAGAAGGUUGAUUUGCCAACUCAGCCAGACGCUUCGACAAUCAAGCCGGUGACAUCGCGGCGACUACGCUUCAAACAACCGGAGCCGACGACAUCCGUUGAGGACAAGCAGCAGUCUAUGGACAUCAACGACUAUCAGCCAAGGUCAGCGCAAGUGGAUGUAGAUGCGGACCUCGAGGAGGAUGACCUUGGGAUUGGCGAUGGGAGAACCUUCUCUGUUGGAGAGAAACGGCAGAAGGUCUCGCACGGUGAGGACGACAGCGAGAGUCCGGACAUGAAGGACGAAGAGGCUAUGCGCGCGGAAUUCUUUGACGCGUUGGAUGAGGUCAACGAGGGCUACGUCAUGGAGCUGGACUUGGAUUUUCAACUCAACUCCUACCGGCACAUCGGCGUGGAUGUGAACGUGAUUGACAAGGGCGAUGAGUUCUUUGUGGAGUUGGAGCAGACCCACUAUGCGGAGACGUUGGAGGACCUGGCCAUUGACUCAAAGCGGCUCCGAUCUUCGGGAGAUAUGACCGCACGAGAAGUGUCCAUGUGCCGCGGUGCUCUGGGGGCAUUACAGUGGUUAGCUGUGCAAAGCGCUCCACUUAUUUGCGCGAGAUGCAACUUGCUCCUGACGGACCUCAGUGAACAACCAACGUUAGCCACUGCGAAGGAAGUGCAGGACUUGAUCAAGGAGGCGCGGACAAUGACGUCUACCACGUUGCGGUUUCAUCACUUCAACGACGUGGAGCAUUGGCAAGACAUGACAGUCAUUGGCAUGGCGGAUCAGCUGAAGUUUGAUCCGAACUUCAUCGUGAGCGCCAAGAAGAAUGCGAAGGCUGGCAACUCCGCCAUGGACCACAUGCGCAAGGGCUCCGGCAAGGCCAACUGA